CUCUUUCGUAUCACACGCAGUGACUUUUCCCUUAUCAUGCGAUUUCCAUAUCGUAGGAAAUCUUCCGAUUGUUUAAGUUUAAUACAUUAAUUCAUCAUUGCGACUUGCGAGUCGCGACUCUCCAUCGACACUCGACUGGACGGCGUGUCGCACACUCGCGUACAAACGACAAUCACUUUUCGUAGUCGUCACCCAAUUCGUUUAUUAUUAUUUUUUUCCCACCGUAUUUUAUUCUGUCAAACUAUUCGUCUUAGUUGUUGUUUUAUUUAUUUUUUUUGUUUCUGAAUUCUUUCGAGUGUUUUCGGGUCUACUUUGUUAAUACUUCGUUCCCAUGGCGUUCGUCCCGAAGAAUCCACAGACCAAGAGCUUAUUAUCUUAAUUAGGAACCUAACAAAACAAACAUUUAAUGUUGAAGUGAUUACAUAAUUAUGAAUAUUGACGACAUGAUUGGCAACGAAAAAAUGCAUUCCUUUUGUUUACCUGUUGAAUCAUGUGUGGUUUGUGGAGAUCGAGCAUCAGGCCGACAUUAUGGAGCAAUUAGUUGUGAAGGAUGUAAAGGUUUCUUUAAAAGAUCUAUUCGUAAACAACUAGGCUAUCAAUGUCGAGGUACCAAAAUGUGUGAAGUUACAAAAAAUCACCGCAACCGUUGUCAAUAUUGCCGUCUUCAAAAGUGCCUGUCUAUGGGAAUGAGAAGUGAUUCUGUACAACAUGAAAGAAAACCAGUUACAGAUAGAAUAGAAUCUAUUCAUAAUAUGUCAACUAGCCCGGACAAUAAUAACAUUCCUACAUUUUCAUACGCAAAUAAUUCAUAUAUUAAAAAUGAAAUGCCAUUUAUCAAAAAUGAUAUUCAUUUCAUUAAAACAGAAAUACCAUAUGCAGGAAAUCGCUCCGUGUAUAAUGAUCAAACAGCAUUGAAUUUACUUCAAACAUCAAAUGAAAAUGAUUCUUCUGUCAGAAAUCAGAAUUAUAUGGAUUAUUAUAUGGCUGAAGAUGAAGAAUCAUCAGUUAGCCAUUCUCCAAAUAAUGAACAGGAUAUUAAACCAUUUAAUCAAGACAAUAAAAGCCUAUUAGUACUUACAUUGGAUUCUAUGACAAAUGCUACUCAACAAAAUUCUAAUGGUACUGAUUCAUCAUAUGAGGUUGAAGUGCAGAGUAACAUUGUUUUAGAUAUUUCUGAAGAUGUAAUGCCAACUGUCAAUAUUAACUUCCCAUUUCAAUCACCUAGUCCUAAAUAUGCAUACUUAAAUUUACAUUUUAUUUGUGAAAGUGCUUCAAGGUUAUUGUUUCUGUCAAUAAAUUGGGUUCAGAGUCUUCCAGUUUUUCAGCUUCUAACAUUUGAAGUACAGCUUAGUCUGCUAAAAAAUUCUUGGUCACAAUUGUUUAUUUUGGGUUUAACUCAAUGCGCACAGGCAUUAUCAAUAAUACCAGUACUUAGUUCUAUGAUAACUCAUUUACAAAAUGAUGAAAUUCACAACUCGUCCAACUCCAGUAAAGCUAAGGAGCUUAUUGAUUACCUCAAUAGAAUACAAGAUUAUAUUACAGAAAUGGAAAAUAUUGAAGUGAAUGAAGUGGAAUAUGCAUAUUUAAAAUUAAUAUCCUUAUUUAACACUGAUAAUCCUUCUGAAAGACAACAAUUAAACAAACUACAAGAAAAAGCUGUCAAAGAAUUAAAACAGCAUUUAAUCAAAGAAUGCAAUGAUGAACACCGUAUAGCUAUAUUAUUGUUACGACUUCCAACUCUACGCUCAUUACAACCUAAUAUCAUAGAAGAAAUAUUCUUUUCUAGUUUGUUGGGUAGUUUUCAAAUUGAUGCAGUUAUACCUCAAAUUUUGAAGCUAAAAUGUUCAAAUACAGAAUAUGAAGAUUUUGUUUCUAAAAACUUUGUUUCAUAAUAAUUAUGGGUAAAAUACUCUGAUAAACCCUUAUAAGUAAAUCAGUUUACUUUUAAAUUACCUCAGGGUUAGUAACUGAGACAAUAAAUGUAACAAUUAUGUGUUGAUAUAAUAUUGUUGUAUCAAAUAAUUUAUUAGAUAUUUGGUUUAAGUAUUUUUUUGUUAGAAGUAUAUUAUUGUAUUACAAACCAUAUAUUUUAUUUGUAAUAUUUUAUUGUUUUUUAUUUGUAACUUUAAUUCUAAGUGUAAGUACUAUAAGUUAACUUUAUUUUAACUUAAGUACCUACUUAUAGUGAUAAUCAAUAACAUUUGACAAUAAAAUGCUGUGUUUUAAAAUAGGUAAUUAAAAUUAAACAAUAACUUUUGUAUUAUAUUUUUAUUGUAAUGUUCUUUAAAAUUUAUAUAAUCAUUUAAAUAUAUAAUUCAAUUGUAAUAAUUAUAUAAGAUGCUGUACAUAGCGAUUAGUGAGUGCACAGCACACAGUCAUAUUAAAAUAUGUUUUUAAACUCGGACGGUAUGCAAUACGAACACGUUAACAUUUCAGGAUUGUCGUUAUAUUACAUCUUGGAAAUUGGUUUGUUCGUUCACUACAAUUGUGAUAUAUUAGAAUAUUAUGUAAGAUAAAAUAUGUUUGGCUUGAAAAUUAUGAAUAUUAAUGUUCGUUUUUUUUUAUCCUUUAUAUGGUUUAGAAUCAGUGGCGAAGAUAAUAAUUUUUUCUUUCUGGUAGUGGAUAUUGAUUAUGAUACAAUACCUAAAUAAUUAUGAUUCAUCCAGUUCCCAAUACUAAAUUAUUUAAAUAAAUGUGGUAGCAUAUGUUUUAUUUUGUACUAUUUGCUUUUCCCAGUUAAAAGAGUCAACAUACUUGUUACUUCUAUGAUCUAUAUUUAUACUUAUCUUCGUUGCUGAUUUUGCUAAAAAAAACUAUAUUUUAAAAUUUUUAUUGGUUACAAGAAAUGGGUACGGGAAAUACACUAGUUUUAUAAUUUAUAACAUUCAUUAUAGUAGUAUAAUUUAUAUUUUAAUAAUUUUAAUUUUAAUUUAUAAUUAUUAUUUUUAUUAUUAUUUGUUAUAGUUUGUUUUGUUUUAUUUAUUUAUUUAUUUUUGAAUGAAAUAAUUUUUGUUAUUCGUUACCAUUGAGGUUUUAUUUAUACUUAGCAAAAUUCAAUCAAUGUUAUACUAACUUCAAAUUUGCUUUAUAUUAGAUAUGUAGUUUUUUUUGUAUAAAGCCUAUUAUGUUUUAUGUACCUUUACUUAAGUUUUAGUCAUACAAAUAAAGUUACAACUGUGCAAUUAUAA